AGGAGUUACUCGGCAGGCUAACCACUCUUCUUUCCCCUUACAUCUCCGAGCUUUUGUAAUGGGGGCUUAGCUCUUUCGUCCUGACUCCUGAGUCUCAUCGGCAGAAAGUUAAGAACUGUUCAACGUUUCGAAGAAGAAAGCAGCUUUUUUGAAGAAAAAUGAGUGCUCUUUUCGACCUUGAAGAAGUUAUCAGGGCCAAGCAGGUUAAAUUGACGCCCCAAGAAGUAAAUGUUCUUUACACAUGCAAGUCUAAGGCUAGGAGGGAUUUCUUUACUGGUACUCUACUUGGGGGCACUCUUAUGUGGGCAGCAACAUGGAGAUUGAGAAGGAUAUAUCGAACAGAACUAGCAACUGGAGCUGGUAUUGGAUUUGGAUUUUGGAAUUGUACUAGGUCUUUGGAUUCAUGCCUUGAUCAUAUCCUUGCAUUAGAUGGAAGCCUGUUGCAGUAUGAAUUAGCAGCAAUAAUAGCAAAGAAAUAUGGGGAUGAUCCUUCAAAAAUGCAACUUCUAUCUAAACGGUUCUAUUCAGAGAAAGUUUAUGAUGAUUCAGGAUCUGGGCCAAAGUUAAAGUGGCGUUUUCGGAAUUACUAUAGUGAUGGUGUCACUCAUGAACCAAGGACCAGUGAUGAUGAUUUGUCUAGUCAAUCCCAUAGCAACACUCAUAGUCAAACCCCUAUUUAUUCCCAUAAUGAUUCCCAGAAUGACACAGUCAACAAGAAAACUGAUUUGGGAUUCAAGCAGACUCCUGUGAACUCUGAUACCAAUCUGAUGGCAGACCCGCUAGAUGGUCUCUUUGGUGAUAUGUCAACGACCCAAGACAUCCCUCAUGCGAAUACCCCAAGCAGCACGCCAAGCAGAGUACCCAGCCGUAGCCAUAGACGAUCUCACCGUAGGCGUCGAAUGCGCCAUCAGGAGGCUUCUUUGGACUCUCAAAAUGAUUGAACACUGUAAGUUAGAUGUCAGUUAGGAGAGUAAAAUAAAGAAGAGAGUUAAUGUUAAGUUGGAGCUUUCAGAGCAUGGAAAACCUUUUAGGUAAUGUCACCGACCAGAUGAACUGCAACUCUCUCCAUCAUUGGUAUAUGUGGUCAGAUUUUUAUGUACCAAAAUAUUGAAAUUCGGUUUUCCUUGUUUCCCUUCUCGGAUAAAUACUACAAUCAUAU